AUGAAUGUCCUCUUAAUCUUCACGUUUAUAUUCCCACCAACAUUAUGCGACUAUGACAGACGUGUGGUAACAACACUGAACCACUCCAGAAGUAGGCCUGAUGUUGCUCUUACCAUAGUCAAUGGGGAGCCAGCCGGCAACGGCCAAGUGCCAUACCUGGUCUCCGUGAAAGAACCGGUCCAUAAGUACGAGGAAGGAAAAGUGGCGUGGAAGAACCUUUGCGGUGGAAGUAUCAUUGACGCAACACGCAUCCUCACUGCAGCCCACUGCUUCGAAGCCAGCGACUUCUACUUUGCAAAACGACCUCAACUGCUGCGUGUAGUGGCAGGCAACUUGCGUAACAGUUUGAUUCACACUGGAGAUUCCGAGACCACCGAUGACGCACAAUGGAGACAAUUGAAAAAAGUAAUUAUCCAUCCAGAAUUUCACUUCCCAAAUAAUGAUCUUGCCGUUGGACAUGUUGAUGAAAGGUGGUCAUUUACUGAACUAGUCCAACCCAUAAAACUGGCAUCUGCAAGUAUGGAUUAUAAUAGUAAAUGUGCGGCUGCUGGGUAUGGCAGAGUCGGGCCUGAUCUUCGUGACGCUAUCUCCCCAGUUUUGCUCGUGGCCCAAAUUGCAGUUCUGACAAGAUCUGAGUGUUCUUUACUAUGGGAGAUGGAUAUGAACAAUUUCGUGUGUUCAGAAACUUCAGUAACGGACGUCGCCAGAGGUGAUUCUGGUGGUCCUUUAGUGUGUUCAGAAUCCGAUCCAUUAAGGGAAAUACAAGAUGAUGUGUUAGUCGGUGUUGUCAGUGGAAAAAAUUAUGACAAAACUUCUUUGUACACCCGUGUGUCUGCUUACCGUGACUGGAUAAUGAAUGCUGAUAAGGGCGCACCGUCUUCGAGAGUUUCUUCACUUUUGGUUUGGAGUCUUUCAAUAUAUACUAUGUUGCACUAUGUAUUUAUUUAUCACCUUAUUCGUUUGCUGAUAAUUUUAGAUUUUUCGAAGAGUCGUCUCCUAUCUACUGUUGCACAGCUUUUUACGGAUUGA